UUCAGUAUACGAUAUGGUUUGAAAGAAAAGCAGCGAAUUCCUUUACUUGCCACUGGCAAAACUGGCACUCUGGCAAAACUGGCGCUCUGGCAAAACUGGCAAACUGGCGCUCUGGCAAAACUGACUAGCACUUUAGUAAACUGGCGCUCUGGCGAAACUGGCGCUCUGGCAAAACUGGCGCUCUGGCAAAACUGGCAAAACUGGCGUUCUGGCAAAACUGGCAAACUGGCGCUCUGGCGAAACUGGCACUCUGGCGAAACUGGCACUCUGGCAAAACUGGCGCUCUGGCAAAACUGGCGCUCUGGCAAAACUGGCGCUCUGGCAAAAAUGGCAAACUGGCGCUCUGGCGAAACUGGCACUCUGGCGAAACUGGCACUCUGGCAAAACUGGCGCUCUGGCAAAACUGGCGCUCUGGCAAAACUGGCGCUCUGGCAAAACUGGCAAACUGGCGCUCUUGCAAAACUGGCGCUCUGGCAAAACUGGCGCUCUGGCAAAACUGGCGCUCUGGCAAAACUGGCAAACUGGCGCUCUGGCGAAACUGGCACUCUGGCGAAACUGGCACUCUGGCGAAACUGGCACUCUGGCAAAACUGGCGCCCUGGCAAAACUGGCGCUCUGGCAAAACUGGCGCUCUGGCAAAACUGGCAAACUGGCGCUCUGGCAAAACUGGCGCUCUGGCAAAACUGGCAAACUGGCGCUCUGGCGAAACUAG